AUGACUGAACCUGCACAGGGGACUCUAAACACCUCCAUCCCAGGGAAUGCAAUGCCCACUCCUCGACCUGGAAGCGCAAGGUCUAACGCCCAGGAUGGGGAACCAAGCCUUGCUAUUAUCCAGUUGAGGGAAAUCAUGAAAGAAUUGCGUGAAACAAGAAAGGUAACAAAGAAAGCUCUGGAGAAGGCGCAGAGCACUGCUUGUCGUGAGGGUUCAAAAGAGGGCAAGAGGAAGCAGAGACAUGAGGUCUCUGAGGGAGACUCCUCCAGCAGCACGCACUCGAGCUUCUGUGACAAGGCCACGGUAGGAGAUCAAGAAAAAGAUCUCGACUUACAGAAAAUGGCGAAAAAGGCGAAGGACACUGAUUUGCGCGAUCAGAUCGAGAAGAUUGUCAGAGGGUACAAGCCAUAA